GUUUAAAGUACUAUUUUGAUAUGUUUUAUAAGACACAAAAUACGAAUUAUCAUUUAACAAAAUGCAUAAACAAAGCAAAAAAGAAAGGUCAAACUAGUAUUUUUAUUUUUUCCAUUUUAUUAAGCCUAAUAGAAGUGUUGAAAAAAACAUUGUUUUCCUCAGGGGUAUGAAAAAAGCAUUGUACAUCCAAAUGAUAUUUAAAAAGAAAAACAUUGCCAUAUUGAGCUAAACCAAAGCCCUGGGAUUUCGAAAGUGACUUUUUUUCUUAUUACAGUAGGAUGGUUGAUUUUUUUUUUUUUUGUACAGCGAGGACUUGGCUAGAAUGGAUGGUACUUCAUAAAUAAUUAUUUCUUCUGUACUAGUAACAGUAAAGAUUCAAAGUUCGUGAUGCAUGUAAUUAUUGGCCUUGAACAUAAACUUGCAAAAAAACGUUAACGUUAAAAAGAGCCAGUUGUAGCUUUUGGAUUGACUGAUGGUCUGACACUCACACUUUUUUCCCCAAACCCAAAAUGCAUGACUUGCUUGUUCUUCAUUUUCUUCUUGUUUAGCAAGGAAAAAAAAACUUCUUCUUGGUCUGAAACAUUAACAGUGAUUUCUUGCUUGCACUUUUUUGGUUUCUGUAAAAUCCUCUGUAAAAGAAAACAAGGGCCUCUAGUAUAUUGUUUGUACCAAUGAAGAAGUGCAAAUCUGCUCCUCAUGGAAACUCUGGGAUGAUCCCAUCUCAGAGGAGAAGUGAGCGUCUACGACGGAAAUGUGCACCGAAAUAUCAAUGUGAUAUAAGCUCGGACGAAUCAGAAAGUUACACUCCCUUGGUUGUUAAGACAACCUCUUGCAAAAGAGCUACUUAUUCAAGAAAGACUAGUACUAAAAAUGAAAAUUCAGGAGAUAAUUCUCUCACUCUCAUCACAGAAAUUAUGUAUCAGUCUGGGAAUGAAAAUUCAAUACAACAGACAAAGCGCUUUGCCAAUGCCACUACUUCAAAGGUUGGGACAAACGAGCCAAUGCUAAACUGUGAUCCUAACAAUGCAAAAGAAAUGCUUUUCCCUAUAUGGUGGGGAAGCUUGAGCAUACCCAAUGAAAACUUUGGGAAUGUGGACGUAUGUGUGGCUUGUAAGUCAACCAGGCUUUCUUCGGAUGCGUUUCAUGUUGUAUGCCGAUUUCCAACAUUGCUUCCUGUUAAAGUGAUUCCCAGGCAUGAUGUUUGGCCAAACUGCUUCGAUACUUCUCUGCCAACUGAUGACAUCAUAGACUUCUACAUUUUACCAGGAAGCGAAAGCAGCGAUAACCAAGAUUUUAGCAGCUUGUUAGAUUAUUUGCAUGCUCAAGAUCUUGCAAUGACAAUUGCGGUUUAUGGCACAAGAUUUCUCUUGUUUUCUUCUCAUAAUCUUCCACAUAAAUAUUGGAGACAUGAGGAAAAGUACUAUUUGUGGGUUGUCAUAAUUGGAGUGAAUGCUUUCUUCCCACUUCUAGAGGAAUGUCCUGAUUCCACUGGCUUACUAAAUGCUCAAGGUAAGAGAUCAUUUGAAGGGUCACCUCCAAUUGGAAGAGCAACUAUGGACGAAGGCCCCGAAUUAGUGUUUUCUAUGCCUGAUGAAAUUUUUAUACCAAAUGCUGUAGAAAUUUUACUUUCUUCUGAUAACUUUGAUGGAGGGAAUAUUCAGAGGACUGAUUCAUGUUCACCAAUUCUUCCAAGACAAGGCUCGAACUCUGGUGUACAAGGACCCGAAGAAAAGACUGCUUACAGUAAGAGCUUUUAUACCUCCUUCCUGAGUGAAUGGAUACACAAUUUAGAAGGCGAUUCAUUCGAUGAAGUCACUUCGGCUGCUGGCAGUGGUGAAUUAGUUGGUCAAUAUUAUGUGAAACCAAGUGUGGCUUCAACUCUUCGAGCUGUCUUCGAAAAGCAUGGUGACAUUGCUCAAAACUGCCAUAUGAUAUCAAGAGGAUUGGUUACUUUUGUCCUAGAGAGGAUAUGUGAAGUGGUUCAAGAUUUCCAAACACUUGAGCCAAAAAAUCUGAGGCUCCAUCAUCUGAAUACUCUAAAAGCAGUUAUCUCUGAAGGUGAAUUUUUAAAGGCGGACGUGAAAUGGCUUAAGAUCCUCCAUGAAGAACUCUGCGAAGUGGGGAACAAGAUGAAGGAGUAUCGGAAAAUUAGAAACUCUAAACGUUCGAAAGCAAAAGAAAUUGAGUCAAAGAAAACCGAGUUGAUGAAAUUGCAGUCUCAAGUUCAGUCGUUGGAGAUGAAGAUUUCGACAUUGGAAAAUGAUAAGGAGAGACUAGAUAGUGAUCUUUACAGAGCUGGACGCCCAAUCAAGCUUUUCCACAGCCAUUCUAUAAUGCAUGGUUUCCUCUAGUUCUUUCUUUUGUACCACCUCUUAGUCAUCAUCUAAGCCAUGAGGGGAGAUAGGUUAGUUGAUAACCAGACGUUUUAUUUGGACUACAGGGUCUGUAACCUCUAACUGACUUGUCUUUAUUAUUUAUCUUUAUAUAUCAUCCAAAAAAAAAACUCAUCCUUUGGCUUACAA